AUGUUGACCUGCCACGCAGCCCAGUCCACAGGGCUGAGUUUCUUCUGGUACAAAGCCUCCCCCGUACAUGCAAACAACUCCUAUCGAUACGAACCUCUUCCUGGUAGCACCAAUGGGACUAAGCAGAACACCUACGUUGUCCAUGGACAGAAACGAACAACAGGAUAUGCAUGUAAGCCUGCGAGGAAAGAGCCAAGCAAGGGCAUUCUGAAAGGGAAACCCAGAUUCGUCUGGUUGACAGAUUUCCCUCCGGAAUCCGCCUCCAUCAAAGCGACUCCGGACAGCGUGCAGCACUUCUCCGGGGAGAGCGUCUCCCUGCGCUGCCAGGGGCCGUCGCCGCUGUGGCGGGUGAUGAGGCUGACCGAGGCCGGCUACUCCUCAAACUGCUCCCUCUGGGGCAGCGCGUCCGGGCCCGCCUGCGCCAUCGUCAACACCACCGCCUCGCCGGCGGUGUACUGGUGCGAGUCGGAAUCUGCCUUCAGCAACGCGGUCAACAUCUCCACCCAGGCUAGUUCUUGCCUGGAUGUGGCGUCUUUUGCUGAACCCUACGGAAUGCCAGAGCUCCUAGAGGAAGCCAAUGACUUUGUACGAAGGAACUUUAGGGAAGUGUCAGCCACUACAAAGUUUAAGGACUUAUCACUGGAGAAGCUUCUGGAGUUCCUCUGCUGCGAUGGUCUGUGUGUGCCCUCAGAACUUGCUGUGUUUCGAGCUGUAAUUUCAUGGAUUGAGGCUGAUCCUGAAGAGAGGCUGCCCCAUGCUGGCUUGUUAAUGACUGGAGUUCGUUUCCCCCUCAUGACAUUUCGAGAGUUCAGGGAGGUCAGAGCCAUUAACCUGCGCAUGGAGUGCUUCGCAGACCAGGAUGUGGAACUCUACGGCUCAGCACUUAAAGAAUUUUGUUUUAGUCUUCCAAAAUCCCAGGAUUGCUGUCGUGUUAGGCGACCCAAAGAUGUCCUGGUCCUGGUUGGAGGAGACCAAUUAAACCCUGACAUGGGUCAGCGUAUACCAAGCAAGGAAGUGUGGUUUGCGAACACCCUGCACAGUGGCACAGGGUUGGUAAAGAAGAUAGAGUGGAGGAGAUUAAAAGAGAUUCCAGAUAAGCCAAAGUUCAGGCAUGGAGCUACCGUAAUGAAGGGGAAGCUGUACGUAGCUGGAGGAUGUCACUUUUACACCAAGGAUGACAUAAUGAAAUCAACAUACAGUUAUGACCCCGUGAGGGACAGCUGGGAGAGGCUGGCAGACAUGCAAGAGUCCAGAAGUAACUUUUCUCUGGUAGUACAUGAGGACCAUCUUUGUGCCAUUGGUGGAGACAAAGAAAUCAACACCAACACAAGCAGUGUUGAGAUGUACAACCAAGAAACAGACUCCUGGAGCUUUGUUCACCCAUUGGACCAGGCUCUCAGCGGUUAUGCUGUUACCACCAUAAACGAGGGGGUUUUUAUCUCUGGAGGUUUCGACUGUAAGUAUGUGUGUCUAGUUUCCUUGUUCCUGUACAACCCAGAGGGUGGAACCGUUUAUCUAGCGGACAUGGCCCAUGACCGAGCCCAGCACUGCAUGGAAGCCUUGCGAGGUCAUCUUUACGUCACCGGGGGGAUGUGUAACCUGAGGAAGUUCUAUACUGACCAACUAGCCUGUGAGGUUUACGACCCGGUGUCCGACUCCUGGGCUGAGUUUGCACCGCUGCCCGUGCCUCAUGUGGGUGCUGCCUCCGGUGUCCUGGAAGGGAAGAUCUAUGUGCUGGGGGGAUACUGCCAGGAUGACUACAGCGAGUCAGGACUGGUCCAUCGCUUUGAUGUCAGCACACAGAGGUGGGAGAGCUUGGGGAAAGUACCAGGCGCUGUCACUGACAUUAGGGCUUGUCUACUGCACUUGCCCCCGGACCUGAGAAACUAA